AUGAUGUAUUGCAAGCAUCUAUUAAGAAGAGGUUUUGCUACUCAAGUCUCACAUAAGUUCCCCGAGAAUACUGUUGCAGGUCUUUACAAAUUAGCAGUAGCCAACAAUCAAUACUAUGAUGCUGUUAGAUUUGGAAACCAGAGAAUUAACUGGACUCUCAGAGAGAUGGAUAGAUACUCAUCAGCCUUUGCAUUCGGUUUGUUAGAAAGUGGGUAUUAGAGAGGAGAUAAGCUCGUUCUAUGGGCUGAUUAAACUAACUCUGCUGAACUUCUACUUGGAGCAUUGAAAGCAGGAGUUGCAGUAGUUGUUUUUGACGAGAAAGAUAGUCAAGAUGCUCUACACUACACUCUUAAUGAUUCAGAUGCUAGAGGUAUUUUAUUCUCACCUUCAACAGAGAUUGCUCACUCAUCAAAUGGAGAGCAUGUUACCAGAAAGACAUUCUUGCAGAAAUUAAUGCCAGAGUUGCACAAUCUCUAUCCAGGAGAUGAAAUUGCACUCAAGAGUUAUCCACACCUAAAGCAAAUCAUCUAAUUAGGCCAUCACACCAUAAGAGGAGUCAUCAAGUUUAAGGAUUCAAUGGUAUAUGCAAGUCCCAGUCUCUCAACUGUUUAAAUUCCAGAUAACAGAGCAGAUGACUAAGCUUUUGUUUCUUAUCAAAAUGGAAAGAGAGUCUCUUCAUUAACAAAUGGAGAAAUUACUUAGCAUGCUCAAUCACUUUGGGAAAAUCACUACAGCCAGCAUGCUGAUUCUAACCCAGUAUUCAUGAGUUUAAAUCUUGAAACUCCACUUGCUCUUGCAUCUUUCAUUGCUAACAACUCAAAUUUGCAGAAAGUUUAUAUUCCAUCAUCAUUCAACGUCAAUAAAAUCAUCGAGAACAUUAAAGUUCAAGGUUCUCACACAUUAGUCUGUGAUGCUGAUCUUUACACUCUUGAACCUCCUCAAAGCAGAAAAGCUGAAUUCGAGGGUUACACUUAAACUAUCAAGAGAAGCGUUAUCGCAUCAAAUGAUGGGAAUUCUGUAGGCAAAAGUUCAUUAUAUAAAGGUGACACUGUUGUCUUAGAUCCCUAUAGAUUGUGA